GUCGGUGUCCGGGGCCGGGGCCUCCCCGCUGUCUGCGCUCUGCGACCCGGCGCACCUGGCGCACCGGAUAGUGGCGCUGGCCUUCAUGUGCUUCCUGGGCUUCGGCAGCUACUUCUGCUAUGAUAACCCCGCCGCCCUGCAGAUCCAGAUUCAGGAGGAUAUGCAGAUACCCACUGUGACCUUCAUGCUUCUGUACUCCUGGUACUCUUGGCCCAAUGUCAUUCUUUGUUUCUUUGGUGGCUUUUUGAUUGAUCGAGUGUUUGGAAUUCGGUGGGGCUCCAUUAUUUUUAGCCUCAUUGUCUGUAUUGGACAGGUCGUUUUUGCCAUGGGUGCCCUAGUUAAUGCUUUUUGGCUGAUGCAGUUGGGCAGAUUUGUAUUUGGGAUUGGUGGGGAGUCCUUAGCAGUUGCACAAAAUACCUAUGCUGUGAGUUGGUUUAAGGGCAAAGAAUUAAACCUGGUAUUUGGACUCCAACUUAGCAUGGCUAGAAUUGGAAGUACAGUGAACCUGAAUGUCAUGGGAUGGCUGUAUUCCAGGGUUGAAGGUUUGCUUGGUUACCCUGGUCACACGACGCUGGGCAUCACACUUAUGAUUGGGGGUGUAACGUGUAUCUUUUCACUAAUCUGUGCGUUGAUUCUUGGCUACUUGGACUGGAGAGCUGAGCGAAUCCUUCAUAAAGAACAGGGAAAAACUGGGGAAGUUAUCAGAUUGACAGACAUGAAGGACUUCUCGUUAUCCCUGUGGCUCAUAUUUGUGAUUUGUGCCUGUUACUAUGUGGCCGUGUUCCCUUUUAUUGGACUUGGCAAGGUCUUCUUUAUGGGGAAAUUUAAAGUAUCCACACAAGAAGCAAGUGCAAUUAACAGUAUCGUGUACGUCCUCUCAGCUCCUCUGUCUCCCGUCUUCGGGCUGAUGGUGGACAAAGCAGGCCGAAACAUCUUCUGGGUUAUGUGUGCGGUCGUGGCCACCAUGGCUUCCCACAUGAUGCUGGCAUUUACCUUCUGGAAUCCGUGGAUUGCCAUGUGUCUCCUUGGAAUCUCCUAUUCCCUGCUUGCCUGUGCAUUGUGGCCAAUGGUGGCUUUUGUUGUUCCAGAGCACCAGCUGGGGACCGCAUACGGCUUCAUGCAGUCCAUCCAGAAUCUUGGCCUGGCCAUAAUGUCUAUUGUUGCUGGGGAAGUAUUGGAUCUUUGGGGGUAUUUCUUUUUAGAAAUAUUCUUCAUUGCCUGUGUUUCUGUAUCACUUUUAGCAGUGGUUUUGCUGUACUUGGUGGAUUAUACUCGAGGAGGUAGCCUUAAUUGUUCUCCCAGGCAAAGGGUGGAGCUGUCAAAGAAGACUCACACCAAAUGAGUUUGAAGAGCAGUCAUCGCCAGAGAGGCAGCUGCAAUCCUGUGCUUGGGAGAGCCGGACACCGGGGAAGCAGUGAUGGCCUGGAAGGGGGGAAUGGACUCCUACCGUGUUUAACAGCUUCUUUCCAAAGUUCUUUGCUCCAAGUGUAUUUCUGUAACAUUGGACAUUAUCUUAGAUCAUGUCUUUUGUAUGGUUUGCUGCAAAGGGGUUACCCUUAACUGCUUGCUAUUAAUUUAUUUACUGUCUAAGUCCAUCAAAAUGCGCUGGAAAGCCUUGCUCCACUUUGCUGGGGGCAGUAGAUUAAAGGGGAUGAGACGGCCUCUGCUGAGGGGCUUUUUACUAGGUCAUCUCAUUUUUGUGUUUUCCGAAUCUGGAAAUUUGAGUAGGUUAUCUUUUUUUAAACCAAAAACAAGCAAGCCAACAGCCCCCAACCAACCAAAAGAACCCUGGAGUUUUAUAUCAAAUAAAAUGGAGUGUAACCGGAAAUGUA